AUGAAAAUGGUUAUCUCCAACAAAACAUUUGUGACCGAGUUCAUAUUGCUAGGGUUCUCCAAUCAACCAAGGGUGCAGCUGGUCCUCUUUGUGGUGUUUCUGGCUUGUUACCUGCUCACAGUUAUUGGGAACAUCAUAAUCAUCUCAGUUGUCAGAGUUGACCCUCGGCUUCAUACACCCAUGUAUUUUUUCCUUACUAAUUUGUCCUUCGUAGACAUUUAUUACGUCUCCACCAAUGUCCCCCAGAUGCUGGUGAACAUUGUGACCAGAAGAAAAACAAUCUCGUUUUGGGGUUGUGUGAUCCAGAUGUAUUUUUCCCUGGCAUUUGGCAUGACGGAGUGCUUUCUGCUCGGGAUCAUGGCUUACGAUCGGUAUGUGGCAAUCUGUCAACCUUUGCGUUACUCAACCAUCAUGAACUGGAAGCUCUGCCUUCAGCUAGCUGCUUUUUGCUGCUGCAGCAAUUUGGUGAGCUCCAUGUUUAUUAACAUUUUCACCUUACAGUUGCCUUUCUGUGGUCCUAACAUCUUGAACCAUUAUUUCUGUGAGGUGCUGGCAGUGCUGUCUUUGGCUUGCACUGACACUUCUGUCACUGAAAUGGUUGUCUUCAUUUACAGCAUAAUCAUAGUCUUUAUUCCCUUCCUCUUCAUUAUUGCCUCUUACACCUACAUUUUCUUAGCUGUGCUGCAGAUCCAAACUGCCUAAGGAAGGGUCAAAGCAUUCUCUACCUGUGCAUCCCACCUCACUGUAGUCACCAUAUUUUACGCGACAGCCAUUUUCAUAUACAUGCAACCAAGGUCGAAGUUCUCACAAGACAGAGACAAAGUGCUUGCUAUGUUUUAUACCACUAUAAUGCCCAUGCUCAACCCUCUGAUAUAUAGCCUGAGGAACAAGGAUGUGAAGAAUGUUGUGAGGAGACAACUGAUGCUAAUUAGAUGCUGAAUGUUUUGACAGUACACUGCCCAGGGAACUUGUUUUUACUUAGCAGCAUAUAAAUCUCAUAAGUGAAUGACAUAAAUAAAAAUGAACUGUGAGCCAAGGAAUCCAUGUCACUUCGUAGCUAAAUGGCAUGAAUAGUUUCCCAUGUUUUCAGGAAAACAGCUAUGCCAGAUAAUCU